GCCGGGCCGGGCCGGGCCGGGCCGCGGGGCCAUCCAUAAAGCGGUGGGGCCCGCUGCCGGCCCCGCUCCGCUCCCGGUGCCGCUCCCGGCCCCGCUCCGCUCCCGGCACCGCCCCGCCAUGGCCGUAUCCCACCGCAGGCUGUCCGUGGGGCUGGGGCUGGCCGGGCUGGCCUGCGCGCUCCUGGGGGGCUGCCUGCUGUUCCUGGGGCCGCUCUUCGUCCGGCAGCAGGUCAUCAAGAACGUCAGGAUCAACCCCAGCAGCAUCUCCUUCCAGAUGUGGAAAGACAUCCCCGUCCCUUUCUACUUGUCAGUGCAUUUCUUCGAGGUGCUGAACCCCAAGCAGGUGCUGCGGGGAGAGAAGCCAGUGCUGAGCCAGCGUGGGCCCUACGUGUACAGGGAGUACAGGGUUAAAACAAAUAUCACAUUCCAUGACAACGACACUGUUUCCUACCUGGAGUACCGGCACCUUUUCUUCCAGCCAGACCUGUCCAAUGGCACGGAGGAUGAGUACAUUGUUGUGCCCAACAUCAUGUUGAUGGGAGCAGCUGUGAUGGUGGAAAAACUGCCAAACUUUGUGAAGCUUUUGCUGAGUGGAGCCCUGGCCAGCCUGAAGCAGGAGGCGUUCAUGAACCGCACCGUGGGCGAGAUCAUGUGGGGCUACGAAGACCCCCUGAUAGAUGCAAUAAAUAUGAUUAUUCCUGGCCUGCUCCCUUUCAAGGGGAAGUUUGGAUUAUUCAUGGAUUUCAACAACUCCAACUCGGGGCUGUUCACAGUAAACACAGGCAUGAGCAACAUCAGCCAGGUUCACAUGGUGGAUUCAUGGAAUGGGCUCAAGAAGGUGAACUACUGGAGGAGCAGCCAGUGCAACAUGAUCAACGGGACAGCAGGGGAGAUGUGGCCACCCUUCAUGUCCCCAACCUCCCUGCAGUUCUACAGCCCCGAUGCCUGCAGAUCCAUGACGCUGGUGUACGAGCAGUCUGGGCAGUUCCAGGGUGUGCCCACCUUUCGCUUCGUGGCACCCAAAACCCUCUUUGCCAACGGCACAGACUACCCACCCAACGAGGGCUUCUGCCCCUGCCUGCAGUCUGGCAUCCAGAACGUCAGCACCUGCAGGCUCAAUGCGCCGAUGUUCAUUUCCCACCCUCACUUCUACAACGCCGACCCGUCCCUGGUGAACGCGGUGGAAGGCCUGCACCCCAGCAAGGAGCAGCACGGGCUUUUCCUGGACGUGCACCCCAUGACAGGCAUCCCCAUGAACUGCUCCAUCAAGCUGCAGCUGAACCUGUACAUAAAGCACGUGUCUGGUAUCAUUCAAACAGGGCAGAUUAAGCCCGUGGUCCUGCCACUGCUGUGGUUUGCAGAGAGUGGAUCCAUUGAAGGCUCAGUGCUGAAGCAGUUUUACACCAACCUGGUGCUGCUGCCCUCGGUGCUGGAGUACCUGCAGUACAUCCUCCUUGGCCUCAGUGCCCCUCUCCUUGUCUCAGCUGCUGUCCUCAUGGCAAGGAGGAAGAGAGGAGCUGCCCUGAAGAGCCCCCGAGCCCCCGCCAGAGCCACCCCCUCCUCUGAGACCACCCCACUGCUGCAGGACAGCGACAGCCCCGGGCAGCACGGAGCCCAGGCAUGAGCCAGCCUGGGACAGCUGGGGGACAGCUCCCACUGGCACACACCUCCCAGCUGGGACACCUUCCCAAUGGGACACCCUCCUGGUGGGACAGCUCCCCACGGGGACAGCUCCCACUGGGGCACGGAUCCCGCUGGGGCACGGAUCCCGCUGGGACACAGCCACGCUGCAGGUGACACUGCUUCAGAUCCCCAGAGCCCUCUGGAAGGUGAAGUCCUGGACAGCUCAGCAGAGAUCCUGCACAGCACAGCAAAGCCGUGGGAUGGUCCUGCUGCUCGGCAUUCCUGCUCAUCCUGAAACCUCAACACAGUGUUCUAGAACCCUUUUUGUCCCCAAGGGCCAGCCUGAGCCACUGCCCUUCUCUCCGGUGGAAUGAAGGAAUGAAGAUGGUUGCUGACUGAUCUGAGAAGUUAUUUGCAAUUUAAAACUGCCUACUGCAAGGGAUAAAAGGCACUUUAAUGGCAGCCUUUAAAAUAAAUGAGGUUUGUAUAGGUAGCACUGAUGGGAUUUAGUGAUCUUUUUAAAAGCCACUGUUCAUCUCACCAAAUGGGGCACGGUGUCCUGGAGCCACUCACGGUUUUAUUGCCACUUGAUGUCACCGGGCUGUGCUGCAAAUCAUUUCUGGGUGCUGUCACUCCAGUGAUGUCUCUUCCCACAGUACCUGGAGCCUGCCUGGGGUCGCUGCAGCCUCUGCACGUGUUGGGGAGCAGUGGUGCCUUUGAGAGCCCCAGCUCUGUGCCAUGACCUUGUGCUCCACAGCCAUCCCAGCUCUCAGCCCUGCUGCUUCAUCUCUCCUGGCUCUGGGUGCCUGUGUGACAUGAGCCUUGGCAGGAGCUCAGGGGUACAUCUGAGCUGUCACUCAGCUCCUGGCACUGUCUCUGCUGCCUGCUCAGCCAUCUGGGAUCAGCUCCUCCAGCCACGGGCACUGGGAAGCACUGGGGGGCACUGGGAGGCACUGGUCACCCUGGCUGGCCACGGGGAGGGGGAGGCUUGGCCCUGUUCUUGUGUGUUAAUGAAGAUAUUUGUGCUUUUGAGAAGCAGGAAUAUGUGCAAUCAUGGAAGUAACAAUGGCCUUAAGUAGGGUUUGAUUAAAGUAUUGCAGAUUUC